UAUAUACUGUGAUUUAAUAAGGAAAACACCUACGUAAGCCAGUCCGAGCGGUGUUGGUGGUACCAGUGCCAUGCUUUCCAUUGGUUCGUGUUUACAUGAUGCCCACAGGACACGCGGUGAUUGGUGGCGCUUCACACGUGACCAGGCAACUUUGUACAUUUGACAGGGAGUAGGAGGGUUUUGUGGAGAUCAGAAAAACGACAGCGCGAUAAAAAUUAGUAUUGUUGCACUUCACAAAUUAAUGACCAUGAGUUCCUACUUGAUAAACUCCAACUAUAUCGAGCCUUCCUUUCCUCCAUGCGACGAAUAUCAGCAGAGCGGAUACAUCCCCAACCCCGGUGAUUACUACGAGCGGCCAAAAGAUACGGGCUUUCCCCAUCACGACGAGCCAUCCUAUCCGAGGUCAAACUACACAGAAACGGGCUACGAUUACGGUAAUGUCCCCGCCACCGGACUCGAUGAUUUCGGCGAUGGGCAUCACACACAGCCGCAACCGGUUCCACAGAGCCACGGUCCUCGCCUUACCGCGGCCCCAGACGGUGGCGCAGGGGCAAAUGCCAGCAAAGACUGCAGCCUCGCCAAUGAGGUAUAUCCCGGCGUAGCGAAGGGCAAGGAGCCGGUGGUCUAUCCUUGGAUGAAAAAGGUCCACUCUAACACCGUCAAUGCCAGUUACACUGGAGGAGUGCCCAAGAGGUCCCGCACUGCCUACACCCGCCAGCAGGCUCUGGAGCUGGAGAAAGAGUUCCAUUUCAACCGGUACCUGACCCGGCGCAGACGGGUGGAGAUUGCGCACACCAUGUGUCUGUCCGAGCGCCAGGUCAAGAUCUGGUUUCAGAACCGCAGGAUGAAGUGGAAGAAGGAGCACAAGCUUCCCAACACCAAGAUCCGCUCUUCCAGCACGGCCUCUUCCUCAGCCUCGGGGGCCCAGCAGCAGCAGAUCAAAACAGGCCAGCAGCUUGUCCCCACGCCGUGCACCGCUGGUCUAUAGUGCACGAACCCCACCCCAAAAAAAAACCUAAACCAGACUGAGAUGGCAAAUAACACAAGUGGAAUUUGAUGGACCGAUUCUCAGUAUUUUACACACAUGGUGUUAUCUCCUCUCCUUCACCUUGCCUCUGCCAUUGGGCCCCUGUCACGUCCUUUGUACCCUUUCCCUCUCCGCUCGUCUUUCCCCCUUUUCAGAUAAGCUUGAAAUCCACCUUUAAUUGCCACGGUGGCAACUGAAGUGUUUAUAUAUUUGUUUAUUAUUAUGAAAGAAGGAUAACGCACAUUCAAAUGUAGGACUUGGAUCAAAAAUGUAUCAUUACACUUAAAACUGAGUGAGGUAAAAGUAAGUUUGAACUCAUUUUUCUAUGUUUUCUUUGAUAUUUUUUUUCCAUUUUUUUUAUUAUUGCUCAUGGAAAGUUCUAAUAUACUUGAAAGAUAUUUAGCGGGACUCUAGAUGCCUGUUAGAAAACCAGACGGCUGUUUUAGAGGUAUGGCAUCAGUCAGAGUAACAGUAGUUUGUGUGUUUGAGUGGACUGGUUUACUGUUGAAUGUAGUCAAGGUGACUUUCACAUUUAAUGUACAUAGACAAAUCAUAAUGAAGGCACAAUAAGGAGAGCAUUUCGUCGAGUAGAAUUAUGUUUGUUGGUGUUGUAUGGUCUAGUUUUAUUUGUGCUAGUGCGUCCCAUGUUGUGCUGUGUUCUAAACUGUGAAUAUUUGUGUGUGUUGUCCCAGUAAUGACCGUUGUGAUGUAGACUAGUGUAGACUGAAUCUGUCCUUGUGAAAUAAAUAUGUACUUCACUUAUAAGGCUGA